AUGCAGCCCCAGUCAUUGAUCCUACUUGUGGUGGUCUUCUUUGCCCCUGCUCCUGCCGUCGCGGAUGAUGAUAUCUGCUCUUUGAAUCCUUUUGAGGCAUCAACUUGGUCAAACAGCGGAGCAAGCGACUGGUUAGAAAAUUGGUUCAAGGAUCAUGACUAUGACGAACAUGAUUGGCUUUACAAGAUGGAUGCUGAAACCACAGGAGAUGGUGAUCAAAACUCCGUCCUGGACUGCAAAGGCCUCUAUUCCUCAGGUACCUGUGGGGGGCCAGAGGUGCAAUGCAAAUAUUUCACCCCAGAGCAGUACUUCUACGUCCGUCAAAUAGCCGCACAGUUUAACCAGUACAUGACCUGGGCCCAUGAGAUGCUGCAAGAUUACACAAUCAGUGACAGCCUCUCGCUUGAUCAAAUGAUCUCGGACUUGGAUGUUUAUAACCGGAACGAGGGCUGGAUGGAUAACCUUUUGUCAACAUUUAUAAGUUUGACUACUAUUGGAGGAGUCGCGGCAGCGCAUUCAAGUGCUGGGACUGCGGACGUACUAGGGGUACUUGGUGGUGCCCUUUUGUUUACCUCGGCAAACAACACCCCAGACCAGCCCAGUCAGGCAGAUAUUAAACAAAAGUUGGAGGCAUGGUUAGAAAAGUAUUUCUGGGCAGUGCGAGACAAUCUCACUAAGAUCACAAACCGAAUGUUUGGCGGCAACGAGAUCGACAGCGACACCGAUGUUCUCGACAGCUUCCUUGAUCAACUCCAUGCCCUAGGGCUCGAUAACUCUGGGCAGCAAUCGAAGAUCUCACAGGUUCUUUCAAGUGGAGCCUUUUUGCAAUCUGUCACACAGUCUGAUAUCACAGACGCCAUCGAGGCCGGCUUCCAACAGAUGAAAAAGCGAAUCAUUGGUGUACUUUUUACUACAUCGAACGUUGCUGUCAACAAAGCCAGAAUGAAUGACGGCGAUAGAUAUUGCAAUGGAUAUGGUAAUCGCUAUAUUGAUGGUCACUGCUUCAUGUUGUACUAUCCGGAUGGGGGUCACAUGAAACCGGUUGAUGCAGACGUACUCAACAAGCUGGAGUUCACAUAUGGUAUUGACCCCGCGGCUCUUUACCAGAACGUCGACGCAUGCGAUAACUCCUUUGACGAUGGUUGGAGCAAUGGGGUGGAGCUGUCACCCGAUGGUAAUGGAUACACUCCUUGUUUCUUCAAUAUGAUCAUCAUGAGAGAGUGGACUGGGGAUUGUACCAAGAGGAACUGGAAGUUUCCUUCCUGGUGGCGAGAGAUUCGGAGUGAUCUUCCUUGUCCCAAGGGGACGUCGUGA